CGGGCGCGCGGGCUCCCCUUUGUUGCAUGGGGGUGUCCAGCCGGGGCUGAGGGGAGGGCAGGGGCGGGCGCCGCGACCCUUGGCGGGCCGUUGCCUUCCCGCUGCCCCAUGAGCACGACGGCGGCGGCGGCCCUCGCUGAGGGGGCGGCCCUGGCUGAGGGGGCCGCCGUGCCCUACGCGGUGGAGCUGGGGCUGACCGUGCUCCACACGGCGCUUUACGCCGCCCUCUUCCUCUUCGCCUACCUGCAGCUCUGGCUGCUCCUCUACUACCGGGAGCGGCGGCUGAGCUACCACACGCUCUGCCUCUUCCUCUGCCUCCUCUGGGCAGCCCUCAGGACCACCCUCUUCUCCUUCUACCUGCAGAACUCCCUGCAGGCCCUCCGCCUCCAGCAGCCCUUCGCCCACUGGCUCCUCUACUGCCUGCCCGGCUGCCUGCUCUUCUCCAGCCUCUGCCUCCUCAACCUCUAUUUCGCUGAGGUCAUAUUCAAAGUGAAAUGUGCAGCUGAAUUCAACAAAUACAAGGUCCUGUUGUACCUGGGCUCCAUAUUUACCAGCCUCCUCUUCUUAGUUGUGAACUUAACUUGUGCAAUGUUAAUCCACGGUGAGGUCCCGGAGAACCAGCGGAGGUGGACCGUCCUUGCCCGUGCCCUAGUCAACGACAGCCUCUUCAUCCUCUGUGCCAUCUCGCUGGCUUGCUGCAUGUGCAAACUGGGAAAGAUGUCUUCAGCGAAUGUCUACCUCGAGUCUAAGGGAACAUCUGUCUGCCAGGCUAUUCUUGUGGGAUCUGUAGUCGCUCUUCUGUACUCCUCAAGGGCUUGCUAUAACCUGGUAGCUGUGGCCAUAUCUCCAGACAAUGUUCCUGGUCCUUUUAACUAUGGCUGGGACAACCUUUCAGACAAGGUGCACGUGGAAGUGAGCAGUGAAGAAUACGUGGUGUUUGGAGUGGUCCUCUUCCUCUGGGAGCUGGUGCCAACGACUUUUGUGGUGCUGUUCUUCCGGGCUCAGAGACUGAGUCAGAACUUGACUCCUGCAGGGAUGGUCAAUAGUCACAGUUACAGCUCCAGAGCCUACUUCUUUGACAAUCCGAGGCGCUAUGACAGUGAUGAUGACUUGUCGCGGCUUGGGGCCAGAGAAGGAGGCCUGGCUACCCCUCAGUGCUCCAGCUGCUAUGGGUCCCUGGCUGGCAAUGACAGCUACACGGUGGGUCCCCAUCUCGGCGGAACCGCUACAGACAGUGCCCCCUUACUGGUUGCCACAGGCAGCUCGGAGAUGAAUAAUCACCACAGCUCAUACCCUGCACCACAGAACUGAAGAGGUGGUGAGGUCCCUUUCUUUCCAGAAGUGGCAUUCAUGUAUAGGACUGUAAUCUGGUUUGUUUUUUUCCCUCUUUCCUCCUUCCCUGAAGCAUCUAACUCAUUGACACAAACAUUCCACUACCUGCCGCAGCUGUAAGCGGGACUGAGCCUAUGGCUGCAGGCGGUAAGCAAGAGAACUGUGACUUUAAGGUACCAUGUAGCAAAGUGAAGCUGAACUCUCUGGAAGCUUUUUCUUGGUCUGGUCUUCAAGAUGUUGGCAGCUAAAUGCACCAGAGCUUCCUCACUAGAAAAGAAACAUCAAAUGCAUAUUUGCACUUUUAUCUGCACACUUGGAAGGAAUGAAUCUUGCUCAGACUGUGCUUGGUCUGAGACUGUUCUAGUUACUCUUUUAAUUGCACAUCCAUAGCUGGGAGAGGCACUGUCUUCCUGCAAAGACGUGUUCCGUGAAGUACUCUGCAUCCUGACUCACUUGGGAGUGUGAAGCUCCGUCAGCCGAGCACGUUAUGGGCAGGGCCUCCUGUGGUGAAUGUCAAAGCGUACUGUGCCAUAUUCACACCCGGCGGGGCUGAUGCCUCUGGGCUGAGUGUGGUCUUGCUCUGACUGCCGGUCCUUGUUGCACCUGAUUGCUGAACUGUCCUACCUACGACUUGCAGGUUCAAAGCUGAGCUCAAAGCAUAUCCUAGCAGAGGCCUGUGAGGGCGAGAUCAAGUGCUCCUACUGGCAUUAAGAUCACUACGUUGUAACCAACCCACUAGCUUAUGGCAGAGGAAGGGAGCAGGCAAGACUUUAUAGGCCGCCGCCUUGUGGGAGAGCUCAGAGCUGGACCUGGCUCAGCGAGAGCGUGUGUGCAGGAACGUGUGCGGCCCAAAGCGUCUGUAAAACCAGGGCUGCUUGAAUGGGUGGGUGGUGAGCAGUCCUGCUCCCUCCUCCUCGUUGCCUGCAGUGGGGCUCCCCUUCUCCCUCUCAGUAUUAAAUUGCAUUUACCAGAUAACCAAGAGUUUUAACCUGAAGUGAAUGUGAACUGGUGGGGUCCCCGCUGAGGCACAGGAGGUGUCUGUCUGCUUGUGGGGGCAAUGCCCACUGUUGUGGAGGGAAGUAGCAGAGAUCUGGUCCCUGGGCUCCUUGCUCUCUCCUCUGCUGUGGGGCAGGACCCUGGGCCUGGGGUCUUCCUGCUGCCCCAGUAGCUGUGUCAGCAGGGCUUAGUGGUGUACAGGGGGUUUGAGUGUGCUCGGUCAGCCUGGGAGGAGGUUUCUCUGUCUCUUUAACCAAAACAGCCAAGUUUGACCUGGUCUAUGGCUCCAUUGGGCUCUUUGUGAUGAGGCUUGAUGUUAUUCCUGGCUUGUUGCUGAGCCCUGUGUGUGGAUGAGCAAAGCAGCUUUGGACACAGACUUGGAUGGAGGCACUGGUCCAGGGAGGGGCCUCCAGUGACAACCUGAACUGGAAUUGCUUUUAGCCUGCCCAGAGCUGCUCCUGCUGCUUGGAGCCAAGUCUGACACUGAAGGACCCAGCUGGGGUGAAGGACUUGCUCACACAUGGAGUGGUGCGGUGCUGCCUGGCUCUGGGUGCAGGAUGGGCUGGUGUUGUGUGCCAGAGGGACCCUGAGGCAGCCCCAGCCUCUCCUUGCUUGCCAUGUGCUCCCAACUGGCUUGCACUGAGCAACAGAGCACACCCUGUCCCUCUGCGUGGUCUGUGCUGGCCUGUGGGCUUCUCCCUGCUCGCUUGCUCUGCUCUUGCUGGCCCCAAAAAAGGAGCAACGCCUGCUUCUUUUUGGAGAAGGCUCCGAGAUGAUGGCUCUUGGCACACCCCUCUCGCUCUAGUACUUGAACAGGAGAGCUCUGCCCCAACUGCCGUGGCUCUCCUGGCUGCUCCACCUUACGUGGUGUACAGGACCAGUCUCUGUGCCCCGGCUGAGGGGCAGAAACAGGUUGCUCCAUCUCAAUCACCGCUUGACUUAUGGCAAAGCUAAUGAAGGACCCGGACUUGAUGCGUUGCCCUUCUUUCUUUUCCCAUAAGUCACCAAAGACAGUAAGUGACACUAGUGGCCCCUGUUCUUGCUUAAAUUCCAAAGCACUAGGAGCACUUUAAGUUUUUCUUUGGAGGGAAAGGAGUGUAGUGCAAAAAAAAAAAAUUUAAAAAAUAAAAAAAUUAAAGGGCUACAGGCUCAUUGUUCAUAUUGCACUGAAGCACACAACAACACUACGAUCUUCCUGGCACUAGGAGGGCAGGUCAGGGCAGUGAGUCUCGUUGCUAACAUACUUGUGAGUGACUGGGGAAGCGUUUUGGUUUUAUUCCUUUGUACGGAUGGCCGGUGAUUUCAAAACUGACUGCUCCUGCUGGAGCCGGUCCCAUGUUUUACUGAAGUAAUUUAUAGCUGAGAAGUACAAUGACUUUUUUAAUGCAUAGUUGCCUUUCAUUAAAUUUUUUUCUUUUUGGUAUGAUUUAACAGUGUUUUGGCUUUGCAGGCGGCAGCAGCUGGCUGCAACAGGAAGCUGUGGCCAAUGAAUGUACCUAUUUGUUCUUCACUAAACUGUAACCAAGCACUACUCUGUUGAAAUAAAAAAAAAUAUAGUUUCUCUGGGCA